AUGGCCGCAGACGAAGAAAAACACGAGUCCGUCGACCACAUCGACCUCGACGCUGAGAAAAAACACCACGCCCUCCCCACCGACUACGUCGAAGACCCCGCCCUCGAGCGCCGCAUCACCCGCAAAUGCGACUUCCACAUCCUACCCUGGAUCUUUGCGCUCUGGCUGCUAGCUUUUAUCGACAGGUCCAACAUCGGCAAUGCCCGCAUUGACGGGAUGGAGGAGGAUCUAGACUUGGAAGGCAAUGAUUUCAACAUCGCGCUGACGGUGUUUUAUAUUCUGUAUGUGUUGCUGGAUGUGCCGUCGAAUUGGCUGUUGAAGAUUGUGGGUGGGGGGAGGUAUCUGCCUAUGUUGGCUAUGGCAUGGGGUAUUGUUGGGACCUGUAUGGGCGCUGUCAAGAGCUUUGGCGGUUUGGUGGCUUGUAGAAUGCUGCUGGGUGCUUGCGAGGGCGGCAUGUUUGGGGGGAUAAUCCUCUACCUCAGCAUGUUUUAUAAGCGGCACAACUUGAUGUUUCGCCUCGGAAUAUUUUACUGCGCGGCGCCGCUGAGUGGAGCUUUCGGUGGAUUGCUGGCGACUGGGCUGUCCCAGAUUGACUACCAUGGCUACAAUGGUUGGCCGUGGAUCUUCUUCAUUGAAGGCGCGAUCACCAUUGUAGUGGCAGCCGUCGCCUUCUUCUUCCUGCCUAACACUCCUGGCUCUGCGAGCUUCUUGAGCGAAGACGAGCGUUUGAUCGCCGUGCACCGACUGCAUGCGGACUUGCAAGGCGGGACGAGCAGGGAGAAGGUCGAAGAGGAGAAGUUCAGCUGGGCUGCGGUCCGCUUCGCCCUGCUGAACGUCAACACCCUACUCAUGUCGUUCAACUUCUUCCUCAUCCUCAUCCCGAUCUACUCCUACUCGCUGUUCUUACCGAGCAUCAUCGAGGGAAUGGGCUACUCCAACGUCACCGCACAGCUGUUCACCGUCCCACCGAACUUCCUGGCCUUCCUCGUGGUCAUCGGUAGCUCCUACCUCAGCGACCGAAUCAAGAUGCGUGGCCCGCUGAUCGUGGUCGGGUUCACCAUCGCAGCGGUCGGGUACAUCAUGCAGCUCGCCUCCGACUCCAACGCCGUCCGCUACGCCGGCACAUUUUUCAUCGCCGUCGGCGCCUUCCCCUGCUCCCCUUUGAUCCUCGCCUGGCUCUCCAACAAUCUCGCUCCUCAUUAUACCAAGGCCACGGGCGUUGGCUUUCAGGUCGCCAUCGGCAACUGCGGUGCCUUCGUAGCGACCUUCACGUACCUGCCUGGCGACGCACCGGACUAUCGCACUGGACACAGCAUCAACCUCGGCGCUAUCGGGUUGACGCUCAUUGGUGUAAUUGCGAAUAUCCUGUACAUCCGAUGGGAGAAUGCGGCGCGAAGGGCAGGGAAGCGGGAGUAUAGGUUUGAGCAGCAGAGGGAGGGGGAAGGCGAGCUGGGGUAUAGGCAUCCCGAGUUUAGGUAUACCACUUAG